GAAUCCUUCUACUGUAGUGAUGUUAACUGGUUUACACCAGUUCAAGGACUGACAGCGUGCAGGUAGUACAUUAGUAACUGUUUGAGUCCAGCAUUUGAAGCAGUGUGUUUCACAGAUCAGGACAUACUCGUUUUAUUCAGUUUAUACGAAAUAUUUUAAAAUGCUGAUUUUGCUUUCAUGGUGUAUAACAUUUGCAUUACUUGACUGCGUUGAAGGAUACACUCCCAAGGAAUUUGCCGUCAAAGCUGGUGAUACGAUGACCACACUAACUGACAAGUUUUUCGCAUGGGACUAUGGCGGAUCAAUAAUAUUUGACGGUCUCUACCGAUGUGACAAGACAUUUGGGACAAAUUACCAACCGCUUCUAAAUACAUUUCUAAACAAAUAUACAACAGACCCAGAUUCAUUUGGCUACAAGGUUCAACACAAUAUAACUGUACCAUUCCACCGUAAUGUAGGAGACAGAAUUGGAAUGUUCCCCGUUGCGUACCUGAACAGAGCGUCUGAACAGUCUGUUACAACAGGCCCUGACGUAGAUCUGGCCCAAGCAGUUGCAGAACAGUAUGUCCUUAAGUUUCCAAUUAGACUUCCUGAUGGAACAUUUGCCCGCAGAAAAGGAUGGAAAGGGAAUAGCUUCAACACUUCAACCUAUCUUUGGAUAGAUGAUACCUAUAUGGGCUUCACGCUUUUAGCUCGCUUGUCCCGGAUGUUCAAAAAUGAAGAAUAUGCCAAAUUCAUCGCCAAACAACGCAUGUCUUUUAACCACCAUCUUCAGGACCAAAAGGAUGGUUUGUUUUUUCACGGAAUUAACACGGCACCCAAGACCCUGUCUUGCUGUAAAUGGGGUCGAGCCAAUGGGUGGAGUAUCACGGCUUCUGUAGAGGUCUUGUUGACUUUAACACCCUUCAAGGAAAGCAUGAAGCACGAAUGGAACGCCAUAAUGGAUAGCUUCAGAAGACACGCCAGAGGGAUGGUCAAACAUCAGUCUUCAGACGGAAGAUGGCACCAGCUCGUGGAUGAUGACACAUCGUAUCUGGAGACGUCCUGUACAGCAAUGACUAUCAGCUCUAUAGCAAGGGCGGUUAACGAAGGGUGGUUAGACAGAAAGGAAUUCGAAGAAAGCUUACAUCGAGGAUGGAAAGGUCUGGAAACCGUCUUGAAAUCUAAUGGUACUAUCAGUGGUGUGUGCCGUGGAACAGGAAUACAGGCAGCUCCCAUUGAUUACAAAAACCGAGAAACAACCUACCUAAAAACCAGGAAUGGCGGGAUAGGUUUCGUGUACCAUGCAGCUGUAGACUAUCAGAACUUCCUGGCAACAUCUGCCGUCAGCAUCGUCAACGGACAAUAUCUACUUUCUGUGCAUGUUGCGCUGACACAAGCAGUCUACAUAUAUAUUAAUUAUCUUCUGUAGCAGUCUACAUAUAGAUUAAUUAUCUUCUGUAGCAGUCUACAUACAUAUUAAUUAUCUUCUAUAACAGUAUUAUGUGGUAUUUAAACACUGGUAGACUUCGUGAAUACCCAACUAUCAAGAUUCAGACCAUUAGACUGCAAAGUUAAUUUUUAACCUACAUACAUAUAUAUAAAAGCAUAGAUAGAAUUACCAUGCAUGUAUAUUAUAGUAUUGCUAUAUUUCUUGUGUAAUAAAAGUAACAUUUGAUUGUUGAAAAAUGUGGAUUAGGAUACAUGUGCACGCGUGUGUGCGUGUGUAUGCGUGGUGUGGUGCAUGUGUGUGUGCGUGCGUGUAUGAGUAGGCUUGCUAAAUGGCUUGCUGUGUAUGCGCAGCCCUAUCCAGAACAGUUAAAUGAAUUAUGUAUUUGAUUAUUUACUAAACUGAUUAUUUGAGUGGUUGCUAAAACUGCCUACAUAAUUAUAAUGUAUGUUAAUGUAGCCUACCUAUAUGUAGUCAAAUGUUUGACAUCCAAUAGGCGAUGAUUGGUAAAUCAAUGUGCUCUUGUGAUGUCGUUAAAUAAAACAAACUUUAAAGUGUAGUUAACCGUUCGUAAAGGAGAAUACAUGGGCGAGUUUCGGUGUGCGUGCACGUGGGUGGAAUGUGAUUUCAAUCAGAUUGAGCACAUUCAUUAAUAAAUCAUCGGCUAUUGCAAGUCAAACAUUUGUUAAAUCUGACACGAAGUCUUGGGAGGAAACCCGCUACAUCAAUCUUCCCAUUAACAGCAAGGGAUCUUCCGACAGGCAGGAUAGCACACGGUCUUUGAUAUAGUAAUCGUGGGGCACUGGUUGGGACGGGAAAACCCAAUGGGUUCACCGAAAUGGUUCGAUCCUAAUAUCCAUGCACCUCAAGCGAACGUUCUACCGACUGAGGUAAAUCCCGCUCCAUAGUGAGAUUGACUCCAUUGGUUCUAUACAGAGACGUGCAUGGCAAAUUUAUAUUCGUUUAUAUUUGUUUUUAAACAAAUACCUGUAAUGUACUUUCUAAACAGGCGUGCAUACUACACACGAUCGCGCUUUAUGGGGCACGGCAGAAGCUAAUGGACACAUUGGAGGGGGCGUGUGUUAUGGGGGGUGGGGUGGGGGGUGGGGGCAUACUAUGUAUGUAUGUAUACACGAUUUUAUAAAAUUUAAUACAGUGAAAAAAGAAAAAAGAAAAAAUUAUGAUUGGGUGAAGAGUCAUUGACCCCGUGCAAAUACAAUGCAUCUUUACGAAUGCUCAUAUAUAUGCAACACUUUUUAAAUGUAUUUUUCAAGAUGUAUACAAUUUGUAAGCAAGUGUAUAUAAUAUGCUGAUUAUAUAUAAACACCAUAGUCAGGUA